AGGCAGUCUCCUCACAGGUGACACAACACUGUUAGAGACUAAGACAGUGCCUCAUCGUACAACUCACCGUCAUGUGGACCUUCAUCGUGGUCUUCGUCCUUCUGACAGCUGGAUACAGCACCCAGGCGUAUGACAACAGUGUGGGAGGUAAUCUGUAUCGCUGUUGUCCAUAUAAACAGGUCGUGUCUCAGAUUAAAAGCUCCUACAGUUCCUAUGAUCGCCGAUGGAGGAUUGAAUGCAUGCCUCUGGACACUGAUUUGUCCUGCUCCUGGACAGACUUCUUCAACUUGUAUGAGAAAGAACUCAACUUCAAUUGCCCAGACAAUGGUGUGAUUCGCGGCCUCCGCAGCAAUUAUGCAAAGUGCCCACAAGGACAGACAGUGGAGCAUCCUCUGCUGCACUGCUCCCAAACUGAUCACAUCUGAAUGCCAGGAAACUCCAAUGGUUAACUACUGGAAUGAAGACUUCGACUGGUGCGUCCCUGGAGACAACAUCCUCACAGGCAUCCAGACCCGCAACAGGAAUAAUGGAGAUCAUCGCUGGAGUUUUCGUUACUGCAGAGCAACAACACAAAGUGAA